CAUCUUGCAUCAUCUGAAAAUGAGAGUGCUCAGUCUUGUCCUCGUUUUGGCACUGUGUGUGUGCAGGGGAGCUCUAGGAGUGCAGGUCAAGGUUGGAGACAGGAGCUUCCCCUUGGAGGCGGUGAAGCAGCUGAAGGACUUGAUGGAUUUAGACGACAACGUUAACCCUCACCUCCCUGAGACAAGCAUCAUAGCUGUGUGCGCCAACCCAGUCCUGCCGCAGGUCUUUCAGCCAGUGUGUCAAGGGAAGGGAGCAGACAUGGUCUUCUCCCAACUUGUGUUCAUCAUCACGCCUUCGGAUCCUUGUGAAAUAUGUGCCAACCCCUCCUGCUACGGGUGUCUGAACUGAGGCUGCCAUCUGCUCGGCACGCAAGCACAUCGAUCGAGAGGCUCUGGGGCUGUCGUCCUCUAUAGUUUCUGCACACUUAUAUGUAUUAGGCAUCCACGGACAUCGGCAAAACACAUCUUGUCACCUAGCAACCAAGCCUGAUGGGUCUCAGGGCCCAGCGGUCAAUGUACUUGAUUUUAAUAGAUACAUAAUAAAUAAUACUCUGUUAUUCACCACGUUUAUAGGUAAAAGCUGU